AUAAAAAUAAAAUCAGAUUUUAAAUCCGAUCCAAAACCCAACUAGCUCCCUCUCUUGGGAAAGAAAAACGUCAGGCAUUUCAUGUAUACCACACUUCAUGCCUUAUACUCUGGAUGCUCAGCAUUGAGUUUGAGAUUGUUUGCAAUCAGUCAGUCAGUCCCAAAGUGGGGAAAAGAUCUAGGAACAAGAACGGAGACAAAUCUAAUACAUCAGGAAAAGGAUGGAACAGUGAACACUUUCUCAAACCCAAUUGUAUCUGUGCUCUGUCCAGAGUGCCAAGGUACUGGUGUGAACAUUGAGGGAGAUGAGCUUAAGAAGACACCUGCCUCUCAUUCAGAGGUGUUCCAGUUCCAGAUGAACGUGUGUAAUGGAUAUAAAGGAUGGAUGACAAGUCCUGAGAUCUUGGAGAAGUGCUCAACAGGUUUUCACUUCCCUCCAGAAUCUGGAGAGCCAGUUCAGGCUAGGCCGCUCCCGCACUUGAAUGUCUCAGGAUUCCAAGCUCGGAAUUCGUCACUCGAGGAUGCUCUUAGGACCCUUUCGGCUACGUUACCAAAGGGUGCACCCCUGCCACCUUCCGGACCUAGCCCUGGCAUCAACUGA